AGCGUCGUGCACUGUUUUCCCUUCCCUUCUGCCCCCAACUCUCUCUCUCUCUCUUCGAAGGAAACGAAGAAAUAAUAAUAAAAUUAAACAAAAGAGAGUGGAAAAGAAGGGCUCUAACGGGAUCUCCCUUCCCCAUACCGAAAUCUCUGAUCUCGAUCGAGGCUUAGGGUUAGGGUUUCGUCAACGGCUAUCCCUGGAUCUAAUUGGAAGUAGGGUUAGGGUUUCUUUGAUACCUGAUCUUGAUUUGGAUUUCUUAGAGAGGAAUCGAUGAAUGAUCCGUCGCAGAUGAUGAACCGGAGCUUCGGUGUCUGGCAGCCAUCGCUGCCGCCGCCGCCGCCCACGGCGUUGGACGAUCCGAUGGGCUUCCAGAAUCCACGCCCCGUCUUCGCCGCUGGCGUUGCUGGGGGAGCCAAGCCCGGGAGGAUGAAUUGGAAGAGCAAGAAGGCCGCCGAUAAGUGGAAGAAGGCCGCGGCCGCCGGUGCCCCGGGUGGUGUUGUAUCCGGCGGUGGUGGAGCCGGCGCCGGCGGAUCUGGCUACAAGCCCCCCGCGCUGAAGGAGCUCCAGUUCCAGAACCGCGUCAAGGCCCGGAGAUUCUACCCGAAGAAGAAGUUCACCCGUUUCGCACCUUUUGCUCCUCGGAAUACCACCUCCUUCAUCAUCCGUGCCAAGAAGGCCGGCGGGAUCGCGUCGCUGGUGUCGCCGUGCCCGGUGACGCCGGCGAUCCUUCCGACGCCCAAGUUCUCGCCGACUCGGGAGGGCCUCGUGGACAUGGCCCAGGAGGAGUGGGGUGUCGACGGGUACGGGUCCAUGAAGGGCCUCAUCCGCCUCCGCUCGCCGAGCGGCCACGAGACCCGUCCCGCCGGUGCGGGCGACGAUGAGGAGGACAUGGACGACGGGUCGAGCGAGAGUGACGUGGAGGAGCACCUGGAGGUGGAGCGGAGGCUGGACCACGACCUCAGCCGGUUCGAGAUGGUGUACCCCGGCGAGGAGCACAGCGGUCCGGCGGCUUAUUCGCUCGAGAACCGGGUCGACAACCAGGACACCCACAUAGCACGGCUGGAGGAGGAGAAUCUGACGCUAAAGGAGAGGCUUUUCUUGAUGGAGAGGGAGAUGGUGGACAUGAGGAAGAGGCUUCAGCUGCUGGAAGCCCAGUGCGGGGAGAGGGAGGAGAACAACAAAAGCAGUAACAACAACAACAAUGGCAGCAAUGACAACAAUAUCGACGGGAGCAAUAACAAUGAGAACAUCCCUAGCGAGGAGGCAGCGUCGGCAUCGGAGAACAUUGCGAACGAGGAGGCGUCGGAGAACGAGCGAGGCGGGGAUGUGUGCUCGGAGAAAAGCGCCGGUGACCGGGAAGAGAGCCGCGGUGGCGGGGAAGGGACUCCGAUUAGGGAGUGAGGAAGACGCGGAUGGAAGGGAAGUCUGGAUCGGUUCUCUUGUGUAAAUAUUACCUUUCAUCUCAUGUGGAGGGCUUAUCUUUCUUAUUAAAAAUUUGUUUUUUUUGUUUCUUAUGAUGGGUAGAAAGUUGUAGCAUCCUUCCUUUGGAUCGUAUGGAAAGGAUUUGAAGACGAAAUCUGAACAAUAGGCUGUGACGUUUUGAAUGUUUUUGCUAUCCGUUUUCAUUUU